CACAACUUCAGCUUUUGCUGAGAGGCUCAAAUCUAUCGCCUUCGCCCCCCCCCCCCCCCCCUUCCCCCUCGACCAAAAUCCGGACGAAUAAAGGGAUACCGCAACUUGAGAUUGCGAAGAGUACACCGUCCUAUUUUCCGCGAAACCUGUCCCCGACCCGCGAUCCUCUCUAUCGGCGACAGCGACCUUUGCGCCCGAUAUUCGAUAUGCGCUGCAUCUGACCCUUUCACACCCACCAACUACCCCGCCAUCUUUGCGCCCCUGCUAGGAUACUACUACCCGACAUCCAAGUAGCCUUACAGAGGGAGACCGGCACUCGACUCGGACCAACGAUAGUAUCGCGUGGACAAACUCGCGACGACCUCCCAUUUCUAACCGACACCCCGUCAAUACCACCACCUUGGAUUACCUCGACGACAUGUCCACCUCUUCGGGGGCCCCGGAGUCUUGGAUAUCUUCCUUCUGCUCUCUUCUUGGCCACGAGUACUUCGCUGAGGUCUCUGAGGAGUUCAUCGAAGAUGAUUUCAAUCUCACUGGCCUGCAGAACCAGGUCGCGAUGUACAAGGAGGCUCUCGAGAUGAUUCUCGAUGUGGAGCCUGAAGAGGACGAGGACGAAGAGGAAGAGGAGGACGAAGACGAAGAGGAGAACGAUUCGGGAGACCAAGACCGACUCGGCCCCAGGCACGACCGGAGACAACAUAGCCGCAUGGCCAGCGACCUUAGCGUCAUCGAGUCUUCCUCCGAGAUGCUCUACGGUCUGAUUCAUCAGCGGUUCAUCUGCUCACGGGCGGGAAUCCAACAGAUGAGCGAGAAGUAUGAGCUGGGUCACUUUGGCUGCUGUCCUCGGACGAACUGCGAUCAAGCAAGAACACUCCCGGUGGGCCUGUCUGAUAUCCCCGGCGAAGACACCGUGAAGUUGUUCUGCCCCUCCUGCCUCGACGUCUACGUCCCUCCCAAUAGUCGCUUCCAGACCGUUGAUGGAGCCUUCUUCGGCCGCACAUUUGGUGCCCUCUUCCUUCUCACAUUCCCCGAGUACGAUCUCACCAAGCGUGGAGCAGAGGUCCUCAACAGUGGCGGCGCACGCAUCAACGACGACUCGACCGAGAUGAUCAAUGGGAUGUACGCCAAAAACAUUGCGCCUGGUCUGGGUGCUGGCCGGAUAUACGAGCCUCGCAUCUAUGGCUUCCGUGUCUCUGAGGUUGCUAAGUCUGGUCCGCGGAUGCAGUGGUUGCGAGACAGACCGGAAGACAUGACCGAGCUGGACGAGGCGCGCCUUUAUGCAGAUGAGCACCCCGACUCGGAUGAGGAAGACGAGAGCAUGAACGGCAACGGACGGCCCACACCUCGGCGUCGUGCCCCGCGUGGCAAUGUACGCCUUCGCGCGCAACGCCAGGCCCAGAACGGCAGCCCUAUGAACGUCGAGACGAACGGUGCCGAGUCAGAGCUUUGAAACCUGGUUUGCAUAUCCAGUGACAGACUCUUUCUCUGUGAUUAUCUACGCGGCUUGCGUGGGCUUGCAAUGACGAUCGGCAGCACACACAUGGGCGCUGCGUCAGAAUAGAGGCACGACUAGCUGUGGAUAGAGGACGGUGGAGCUUGCGAAUAAACGGCCAGUACGGAUGGAUGCCCUGCAUAAGGUAAAAGGCGUUUAGGAGGCACGUCCCGAUCCCGAUCCCGAUCUCGCUCGACGAAUGGGGCACAUCAUUGCUGAGUGAGAGGUGAUGGCAUGCACGGACGCAAAGAACUCACGCCGUUGAACGAACUCGGGUUUCGAUUCUCUUCACAGGCAACAUUACCUGUGUUAUAGGCUUAAUGCGACAGCCAUUGCAUUUCUGGGGCCUCGGGAAACAGAAUAUAGGCUGCAUGCAAUUCAUCGGUCAAUUAAAGGAACUGCCGGUUCUGUGCUUAUCUCGAGAACGAAUCAUGUAUGUGUAUACGUUGGCCAGUAAGCAAAUAUUUGAUGCUCCC